CGUAGCGGCGGCGUUGCGACAGAGACGGAGAACGACAUGAAUGUUGAAAAUAAUCAUACGGCAGAAACAGAGACGGAGCAAACGAGGAACGGCACCGAGACGAUCACCAUUGAAACCACUCUGGGAGAUGAAGAUGAAGAUGUGCACAAGUGUGGACGCUGUCAGUCCGAGUUUUCCACGUUGGAAGCUUUCAUCCAGCACAAGCUCCAUCAGAGCUGCAGACGAGAGGCGACCAGCCAGGAUGCCCCUAAACAGGUUGCUGCAGCCAACGUAACCCCUUCUGCAGAGGUGAAAACAGUGGAAAGUUCAUCUUCAGAUGAGCCCGUGAAGACCAACCCUAACGAUGAAAGCAGUAGUCAGCUGGGUCGAGGCCGCAGGAAGAAAAUUGCUGCGUUAAAAGUCACUGAGCAGUCAGAUGGAACUGAGGGAUCCAUAUCCGACAAUGCCGACAGUGACAAACUCAUUUACAAAGUCAACCAAGAGGGUCGCUACAUUUGCCAACUCUGUGAAAAGACAUUUAAAACGACCAACAUCCUGAGAACUCACAUGAAAACUCACAGCGACCAGAAGAACUUCUCAUGUGAACUGUGUGAUACCUCCUUUCGCACUAAAGGUUCCCUUAUUCGUCACAACCGUCGUCACACUGAUGAGCGGCCGUAUCGCUGCACCCUGUGUGGCCAGUCCUUUAGAGAGUCAGGUGCCCUCACCAGACACCUUAAGGCUCUCACACCCUGCACAGAAAAGAUCCGCUUCGUUCAGUACAAGGAGAUCCUGGUCAGCAAGGAUGGAGUACAGAAAGGAGUUGAAGCUGAUCAUGCUGCAGUGGCCGGCCAGCAAGAGGUGGUGGUUGUGGAGCAGCAGUCAGAGCAGCAGGAGGUGGUGGAGGCUCAGACUGCUGUCGUCAGUGUGGUAGAGGCUGGCUCCCAAGAGGUCCUCCAUCAGGUCCACUUUACUAUGGAGGUGGAUGGCACAACGCAGGAACAACAGGUGGUGGUGGAGCAGUCUCAGGCAGAAGCCCUGGCUGCAGCCGCAGCAGCAGGCGACAGUCUCAUCUGCCAGGCCAUCAUCAACUCUGGCAUUGCACUGGGGACAGAGGAAGCAGUGGUCGAGGAGACCUCACAGGCAACUGAGGAGAUAAAUAAAGUGGUCACCGACUGUCCUGAUGCCGAUGAGAAUAUCACAGAGAUCCAGGUUAAAGAAGAGUUUGUGGAGAUGGAGGCAGAGGAAGCAGGUGAUGGAGAUGAUCAGUCAUGCAUAAAAUUGUACACAUGUCCACACUGUAGUCGCUCUUUCAAGGGCCUGAACUAUUUCCGGUUCCAUGUCAAGGGCCAUUAUGGUUACAAGCCCUUUAAGUGCACUCUGUGCCACAGGGAGUUUCUGAGUGGUUACCUGCUUAAGAAACACAUGGAACUGCAUGUCAGUGAGAGGAGAUACAAGUGUGGAGAGUGUGGCAAGCUGUACAAAACCAUCGGUCAUGUGCGUGAACAUAUGAGGGCCCACUCUGAUGAAAGACCUUACCACUGUGUCAGAUGCAACAAGGGGUAUAAGACUAAGAAUGCUUUGCAGGUGCAUCAGCGGACUCAUGGGGAUGAGAAACCUUACGUUUGUCAGUUUUGCUUAAGAGGCUUCAGAGAGAAAGGUUCUCUGGUGCGACAUAUCCGCCAUCACACCGGAGAAAAACCUUUCAAGUGCACAAAGUGUGGCCGGGGUUUUGCUGAGCAUGGGACCCUCAAUCGACACAUGCGUGCAAAAGGAGGCUGCCACAAGGACGAUUCCAGCGAGCAGCAGCAGGGUGAGGUAACAGAGGAGCAGACAUCAGUGGACAGCCUCGCUACAGCAGCCAUCAUCUCAGAGGAUCCUCAUGCUGUCCUGGUGGAGUUCUCCUCUGUGGUGGCAGACACACAGGAGUACAUCAUCAAGACUCAAACAGACGAGCAAGUGCAGGAAGAGGAGGUUACACUCAUUCAAGACAGCGAAAAUGAGAUGGGCAACCACAUCAUGAAAGUGGUGCAGAGAAUUGUCAGCCAGUCACAAGGUGCCGGCGGCACAGGCAGCCAUCAGAUCAUUGUGCGCAACGUUGCGAUGAACGAGGAGGGCGCAUCCAUCUCCGACUGUGGCGACACCAUCACCAUCGCUACACCGGAGAGCCUGACGGAGCAGGUGGCCAUGACACUGGCCUCCGCCAUCAGUGAUGGCACACUCCUGGCCACAGCUGGCACUGUGGAGACACCAGACGGAACAGUUACUAUGGUUACGACAGAGGAAGUGGUGCAGGAUGGAAUACAGAUGGUGCAGCAGCAAGAGGAAUAUGUCAUCACCUCUCCAGAGGAGGUGGAGAUUCAGACUGUCAUUGUGUGAUUGUAGCGUAUGUACUAUGGACUGCGAUGAAUGUGGCUCUAAACCUGCGUAGCAGAUUACUGUCCAGUUCAUAUGAGCUUCGUUUGGGGCUGAUUGAGUUACAAAAGUAAGGCCAAAGUGUUUAUAAAGUUACAGAAAUAGAACAACUUAGCCAUUUUUGUAUGACAUGUAAAGAAUGAGUGUGCAUGAGGACUAGUUUUGUUCUAUCGUGAUACAUUUUUGUUUAUUGAUUGACUGAAAUGAAGCACUGCAUUCAUAUUUGUAGCUAAUGUUACAACUUUUAAGUGCAUCUGGCUUAAAAGACUAGAUUAUUAGCUUAAUUUUAUAAGGUUUUCAUGUAGAAGGCCCGUUUAAAGACAGAAGUGUAUUUCUUUUACGUUGCACAAACUGAACAUGUUUGUCUCUGCAUUAUGUUCUAGGCUUUUCCAACUAAACCGUUGCCCUGUUGCCUUCAUCUGUUAGCCUCUUUUCUUUCCUGCUGUCAAAAAGUGAAAUCCCUAUUUCUAUUUCUUGUACUACCUAAAACGGCAUCAUUUGAUUGCAGAUUUCAGUUGCACUCUCUGAUGUCCAGGCUGGCCACGGUCACAUCUUGAAACUCUUCUCUUCUUUAAAGACUGAUCCAGAUUUGUGCACCUGCCUGCCUGCCUGAGACCAUUCAGGGACACUAUAAAUUUCCCCAUGGUACAGUUUUGCUGUUCUGAGCUGGUCAAUCAAAUGCAUCUCUAAGCAUGACAGAUUCACCAGUACACAGACAUAAAAAUGUGGCCAGUUUAC